AUUUUCCUUCCUGCCCAAUCAUUACCCCUCCCUUCCUUUUACCUUCGCGCUAUGGGCGCGUUCGCUUUCGCUGUCGGAGCACUAGCCCUUUUUUCCUCUCUGGUGAAAGCCUCGCCGUAUAGAGAUGACUUGACCGCUUGGAAUCUGAACACCAACAAGGACGCUACUGAUCCUACUCAGUACUCUACCACCCGCUCUAAUACAACCUACACACCCUCCCCAGACAACUGGCGCUCUCUCCCAGUUUACACAAUUCUUCUAGACAAAUGGGCAGACGGUGACCCCUCUAAUAAUGACUAUUUUGGAACGAUGUAUGAAUGGGAUUACCGGGAAACUCAACUUCGUUUCGGUGGUGAUCUCAAAGGUCUCGUCGCUCGUUUGGGCUACCUGAAGAACAUGGGCAUCAAGGUCAUAUACAUUUCUGGUACCCCUUUUCUCAACAUGUUAUGGCAAGCCGACAGUUAUUCUCCUCUCGACAUGACCGUGCUCGAUCCGCAUUGGGGUACAUGGGAUGAUUGGGUCGCAGCUAUUGAUGAAAUUCACGCUCAGGGAAUGUACUUCAUGGCCGAUUUGACGGUGGGAACUAUGGGUGACCUUUUGGGUUUUACAGGAUUCUUGAAUACGAGUGCUCCGUUCACUGUAAACGAGUAUGGUGCUGAGUAUACUUACCCAAAUUACAUCCCAUGGAAUUUUUCCGAGUACAGGGACUUCUCUGUUGGCAAUACGAAGAACACUUCAUGUGUCAUGCCUACUUUCUAUGAUGAUGACGGCUCUGUCAUUGAUCCAGACACCAUUGGUGCAACGUACUGUAUGGAGUCAGAUUUUGAUCAGUACGGUGACAUGGAGGCUUUCGGUGUACAUCCAGAUUGGCAACGUCAACUGUCCAAGUUUGCAUCGGUGCAAGAUCGACUACGUGAAUGGAGACCAGAAGUUAUGUCCAAGUUGACUACCUUUUCCUGUAUGGUUAUCAAGGCAUUAGACAUCGACGCUAUCCGUAUCGAUAAGGCCACCCAGGUCACUGUGGAUGCCCUCGCUACGUGGGCUUCUACAACUCGUCAAUGUGCAUACGAUCUUGGAAAAACAAACUUCUUCAUCCCGGGCGAGGUUACAGGUGGAGAUACCUUUGGUUCGAUAUACAUUGGUCGAGGUCGUACUCCGUCCCAACGAUUGCAAAACAUUACAGCCGUAGCUGAGCUUACUUCUGAUCAGUCACAAUAUUUUCUGCGAGACAAUGGCACUGUCGCCCUCGACGGUUGCGCUUUCCACUAUUCCAUUUAUCGAUCCCUUACCAGGUUCCUCGGAAUGGAUGGUAAUUUGGCGGUGGCUUACGAUGUUGACAUUAAUUUUGUCACUGCAUGGAACGAAAUCUUCGUGGACAACGAUCUCAUCAACUCACAGACUAACAAAGUGGAUCCCCGUCACAUGUACGGUACCAGUAAUUUCGAUGUUUUCAGAUGGCCCAGUUUGGCGAAUGGGACUCAACGAUCCGCCCUUGGAACGUUCGUUACUUCCUUGGUCAUGCCCGGGAUAGUUAUGUACUAUUAUGGAGAGGAGCAGGCAUUCUACAUUUAUGAUGACACCGCGAACAAUUAUCUCUAUGGUCGUCAAGCAAUGCCUGGUAACCUGGCCUGGAAGCGCCAUGGAUGCUACCAGCUUGGAUCGCAGCAAUAUUACAAUAUGCCCCUCGAUAAAUCGACUCUCGGUUGUCACGAUGACUGGAACGCCCUCGACCAUUUCGAUCCGACAGCUGAUUCGCGUCGUCUGUUCGCUCAAUUCAACUACCUACGGAGUCAAUUUGUCGCUCUCCAGGACGGGUACACCCUCACCGAGCUCGGCAACUGGACUUACUACAUUCAGCGCGAGGGUUCCAAUAACACUGCGACUGAAAUGGGACUGUGGUCUAUCUCUCGCGCCGAGAUGUCCGGUGUUCAAAACCUGACUGGAACUAAUACCAAUGCGGUAUGGAUGUUCUUCACCAACGAGAAUUCCACCAAUACUUGGACUUAUGACUGUAACGACACCCUUUGGAUCUCAUCACCUUACGAGUCCGGAACUGUUGUUCAGAAUCUCUUUUAUCCUUACGAGACCUAUACGCUUGAACAAUCCUCGUCGUCAUUUAACAAUGAUAGUCAAGCUCCUUGGUUCGGUUGUUUGGGUAGUAUCACGAUGGAUGGUUACGGAUUCAAGGCGUUAGUCCCCGUGGCGAAUUGGUUGUCCCCUCCUCCUGCCUUGACUGCGUUCACUCCUGGCCAUGAUUAUCGUAUAAACAGUGAAACAAGUGGCACCAGCGUCGACAUUUCUCUGGAAUUUAGCACGGAGAUGGACUGUAACAGCGUGACUAACAGUAUCACAUUGGCUAUGUCGAGCUCGAGUACUGGCUCGAUCCCUACAAUCUCUAAUGCAAAUUGCGCCAACAUGAAUAGCUCCGCAAACGUUGUUGUUCAAGGUGUUUCCCGCACGCAGUGGGUUUGGAACGCGACACUCACUAACUUCGGAGAUGGUAUCUUGAAUAUCACGGUCAACAACCCCUCUUCUAGUAGCGGUAACUCUACUGGAACUACAGAUGUUUUACUUCUACGAAAAGGUUUGCCCGGUAAUGUCAUGGUGUUUCCGGAUAACGACUACAACGCUUCCGCCCUCACGAAAAAUGGCGACGAUUAUAUCUUCACUCAUUCGGCGUACGGCGCAGACAUGUUCCGUUAUUCGUGGAAUUUUGGGCAGAAUUGGACGAAUUGGACGAACUGGGAAGAUACUACAACCCUUGAUUUAAGUUCCUUCGCUGAUGCGAAUCUGUUCUGGGACGGUGACCAUGUCGUGGUUCAAUAUUGGAGUGCAGCUACCUUAUCUAGUUCACACGUCGUGCACAGUGACUAUGGUUGGUCCGGAUACGCUCGUCGCGUGCCACAGCUCAUUGCCACUGGUGUUUUCAACGAGUGGGGUUCCAACAAGGGAAUCGCAAAUACUUUCUCACAAAGUGCAGACGGCCUUUGGGAGUUCACUUUCAUGUACUAUUGGCCCUCUUACUUCCAGGUCAAUGUCUGGGGUGAAGAUAACUACUUCUACGGUGACACCGAUGGGGAUGGUGUUCUCGAUCGUCUACCACCCAACAGUGCGGCUGCCAACUAUCUGAACAUGUCAGCCCCUCCUCUUCCUCAUCUCUCUUGGACGGUGUUCAUCGACGACAGUACAAUGACCUGGUACCUUGAACCUCAUGGGCGAGAGGGUGUUGCCGCUACUCUAUACGCGCUUCUUGUUUCAAUUCCUCUCAUUACGGGGACUCUUGCCGUUCUCAUCUUCAUGUGGUCUUUCUAUGGCAUCAGGUACAAUCAGUAUGGUGUAAAGGCCAAGACCAGUUACUUUCCUAUCCUCGGUGCCCUUGGUGGGAAAUCCGAUGCCAAAGACGGGGCCGUCGUGUCCGAAAAGAAGGUUCACAGACAGAAUAUGGAUAUCAUAGGUUGGCCCGAGGACAAGAACAAACGUCGAAAAGUCCUCAUUGCAACGCUUGAGUAUGAAAUCAUCGAUUGGAAACUCAAAGUCAAAAUUGGGGGGCUUGGUGUCAUGUCGAGUUUGAUAGGCAAAGCCAUGUCCGAUGUUGACCUACUCUGGGUUGUACCCAAAGUCAAGGAUAUUGAAUACCCUGCUGGUGAUCCAGCCGAUCCCAUCGAAGUCAUCAUCUUUGGAGAACCAUAUCUCAUCGAGGUCGAAACGCACACCCUGGACAACAUCACCUACGUAAUCCUCGACAGCCCUGUGUUUCGUGCUCAAACAAAAGCGGAUCCUUAUCCUGCUCGCAUGGACGAUCUUAGCUCAGCUAUCUUCUACUCUACGUGGAAUCAAGCUAUCGCUGCCACUGUCCGACGAAACCCUACAGUCGACAUCUACCACGUCAAUGACUACCAUGGUGCCCUCGCCCCCAUCUAUCUACUUCCCAAGGUUCUUCCGGUCUGUCUUUCUCUACAUAACGCUGAGUUCCAAGGACUUUGGCCUCUCCGAACGAAAGAGGAAAUGAAGGAAGUCUGUUCAGCGUUCAACAUCAGCAAGGAGCAUUGUACAAAAUACGUGCAAUUCGGUAACACCUUUAACUUACUGCACGCCGCCGCAUCUUUCAUCAGUGUUCAUCAAAAGAGCAUUGGUGUCGCUGGUGUUUCCGACAAGUAUGGUAAACGUAGCUGGGCUCGUUAUCCUGCCCUUUGGACACUGAAGCAUGUGGAUUCCCUUCCCAACCCCGAUCCCACGGAUAUAGCUGCUUUAGAUGAAAGUCCCACUGAUGCUAAGAAAGUUCAAAUCGACCAGUCAGCAGAGGCUGCUCGACCCGAACAUAAACGGCAAGCUCAAGAAUGGGCAGGACUCAAGCAGGAUCCUGACGCAGACCUUUUCGUAUUCGUUGGUCGUUGGUCUAAGCAGAAGGGUGUCGAUCUUAUAGCCGAUGUUAUGCCAUCAUUGUUGGAGAAACGACCUUCAAUACAACUUAUAACUGUUGGACCCGUCAUUGAUCUUUAUGGGCGUUUCGCCGCCGAGAAGCUGGCUCGUCUCAUGGAACUUUAUCCUGAUCGUGUUUACUCCAAACCAGAAUUCACUGCCCUUCCCCCAUUCUUGUUCAGUGGUGCUGAUUUUGCCCUCAUCCCUUCGCGUGAUGAGCCGUUUGGUUUGGUUGCAGUUGAAUUUGGUCGUAAGGGUGCUCUGGGAGUGGGCAGUCGUCUUGGUGGAUUGGGUCUUAUGCCAGGUUGGUGGUUCCCUGUCGAAUCCAGCUCGACCGCUCAUAUGUUGUCGCAAUUGACGAAAACAAUCAAAAUGGCGCUCAAGUCUACUGAAGAUGAACGUGCUCUGCUACGUGCUCGCUCUGCUGUGCAACGAUUCCCGGUCGUAGAAUGGCGGCAACGCAUGGAAGAUUUCCAUAGACGGAGCAUUAUUGCAAGUCGUGAUCUUGCCGGCGCGGACGCUUGGAGGGAGAGUGAUUGUGAUGGUGGUACCGGAGGCCUUCGUCCAAUGGCGGACACUGACGAUUGGAAUCCCGUCAAUCAAUCUCAGCCAUCCCAACCAGCCUGGGACCAGCAAAGCGGUUUGGCUAGUCCUAUGGGAAGCCCCCGCCUCAAUAACUCGGCCGAUUCCUUGGCCAUGGACGAUCCAGCCCAUGCUCCUCCUAGACUUCUUAACGCUAAUUCUGUUGGCGAUGAAGGAGAUUCGGUAUCUCAUGGGAGUCACAACAGUUCUGCUGAUUAUGAUGAUUUCCUCAGCCGGGCAAACCGUAUCAUUGCUCGUGAUCAACGUAAUGCUCCCGAUCCCUUCCUUGAAGCCCCCAAUGGAGAUUUCAAGCGUCCCGCUCGACCUUUCAGUUCCCAUUCUCGGAACUCUUCUGCUUCGUCCCUCGCGGAUGUUGCCGAUGAGCACUCGAGUUCUCCACUAAACAAAGCUAUUGCAUCAUUUACGGAUGCCGACGGAGGUGUAGCAGCGGACUUCGUCCAAAAGCUUCAAGAACUGAAUGCCAAGAAUUCCGAGCAUGAGCUCUCUAUUGAAAAGUACCUCACAAAGAGCGAAGAGGUGUUCUUCGGGAAAGUGAAGAAAGACAAAUUAGACAGCGCCGCCAGCCUGCGCUCUUCCCAACGCGACUCAGUAUGGGGAACACCUGACCCUUCCCUUUACUCUCGUCCGUCUUCGCCUAUGGGUGAUGGUGUCGGCCAUGCUGAUUGGGAAACUACACUGCCUCAACCGGAGCAAGUUCCCAUGACAGGUCUUCAAAUUUUCAUGGCUCGGGAAAUUGGAGGAUGGCCACUCUACACGAUCAUCAUUGCCCUUGGACAGACGUUAUGUGCGACAAGUUUCCAGAUAACACUUCUCACUGGGCACAAUUGGCAGUCGAGUGCUCAACUCUACAUUAUUGGCAGUAUCUUCCUGGUUGCUUCUGCCGUUUGGUAUCCAUUGUUCCGGUUCAAACCAUCAGUCUAUGUCCUUGCCGCACCAUGGGUAUUUUUCGGUGUUGCAUUCUUCUUAAUUGGACUACCCUCUAUUUCUUCCGCCCUCAAUCCAUCACAUAAGAUUUUAUCUAACGUUGCGACAUGGUUUUAUGCUGUUGGCUCUGCUGCUGCCUUCUUAUUCUUCGGUCUUAACUUUGGUGAAGAAGCGGGUGCUGCAACAGAGGUCUGGAUGCUCCGAGCAUGUAUCGUACAGGGAUCUCAACAAAUUUGGGUCGCGGCUCUUUGGUACUGGGGUUACAAGUUGAACACUGAGUCCGACAACUACACUCCACCUUGGUGGAUUUGUGUCAUAGUUUGGCCGCUAGCUGUCAUGUGCUUCUUGUUUUGCUAUCUCAUGCUGUAUGGCCUUCCCGAAUACUACCGCCAAACACCCCCUAAGGUUCCCAAUUUCAUGAAGACACUUUUCCGUAGAAAGAUUGUUGUUUGGUUCCUUAUCUCUGUCGUUUUACAGACCUACUGGCUCAGUGGCCCUUAUGGUCAAAAUUGGUACUUCUUAUGGAACUCCGACAUCCCAACUUGGAAAACCUUGCUCCUUGUUCUUGCGUUCUUCAUUGGGGUCUGGUCCCUUAUGCUCUUCGUGUUAACUCAUUUUAGUAAGACACACACAUGGCUAUUGCCUGUAUUUGCCGUGGGACUUGGUGCCCCAAGAUGGUGUCAGAUACUCUGGGGAACUUCGGGCAUAGCAACCUAUGUUCCUUGGGCUGGAGCUGGGGGACCAUAUCUUGCAGUGGGGCUUUGGCUCUGGCUCGGUGUUCUCGACGCUGUGCAGGGUGUCGGCCUUGGUUUAAUUCUCCUCCAAACUCUUUCUCGAUUGCAUGUUACAGUCACGCUGGCAUUUUCUCAAGUAUUGGGAUCGGCUAUAGUCAUGAUUGCACGGGCAACAGCACCAGAUGCCUUAGGUCCUGGCACAGUAUUCCCUGAUCCAGGCAUCUGGGAUCCUCAAAAUGGGCUCUCAGGAAGUCCAAUGGCUUCACCUAUGUUUUGGGUUUGCCUCGUCUGUCAGCUUAUCAUUGUCGCUGGCUACUUCUGGUUUUACAGAAGGGAAGAACUCGCACGACCUUAAUCGUAAUCGGGGGGUCCUCUCGUCAUCAUGGUCCAUCACAAACAUAAAAAGGACUUUCAUUUAUUGGAUUUGCUUGCUUUCUACUGUCACAAUCUUUUACUCAGGGACUUUAAAUCUGAUAACUAUAUGCUUGCCUAUAUAUAAUUGUAUAUAACAUGAUAGAACAUUACACUAAAAUUUCGAACUUGGUGUGCAUAAUUCUGUCCUCCAAAGACUUCAUGAAAUUCCAAUUUAGACUCAUCAAUAUGACCUUCAAAUCAUUAUUCUGAAUGAUUUUCAAA